AUGAGCUCCAGUUCGCAGGCAGGCCCGCUACCGCCCAAGAGGGGCGAAAUUGGGUACCAGGAGGAUGUCCAUGGCCCCUCGCAGCAAGCCUCGACGAGCAGAGAUGCACUCCAGUCUUUGCCCACAUUGCCUGAGAGGCACCCGGCAGACAGACCGUACGCUGGCAGCCCUGCGAGGACUCCCUCCAGUGCUUCGUCCACUUCCAAUUUGAACGAACGCCCGCCAUCACCUUCUAGUUCGGAGUCUGCCGCGGUCUCUACAGGCAAGCAUAGCUUCAUUUCAUUCCUUGCGCCCAAGAACGUCCCCACGUUCGGCGGGCUGCGUUCAACGACGCUCGCGAAGUUUGUGCUGCAGCUCGCGCUCAUCGCGGGCACGAUCGUCGCCUGGGUGCUCAUCGUCCGGCACAUGGACUCUGGCGCCUCCUCCACCCCCGCGGAGAAGUUCAACGACAACAAGGGCGCUCCCGCAGCGUUCAACUCCUCCUCCGCAUCCGUCUUCGUAGACGUCGCCUUCAUCUUCGCCGUUCUCCUGCAGUUCAUCUUCUCCGAGCGCACGAUUUUCCGUCUGCGCGCGGAACGCUACUGCCAUGUACACCCCGGCGAGGUCCUCCCAACCGCGAUCGUUCGCCGCCAUGCCCAGGGCCGUUUCGGCGUAGCAUUUAUACCUUGGAACCGCGUGUCUCUACCUACAUACGCCUCCGCGCUCGCCCAGACCGGAGCGCGCACGGGCGACGUCGAGGACAGCGCCAUCGCGGUGCCGCCCCCACCCGCGUAUGGGAACGACAACGACAGCACGUUGAUACUCUCUGGGUCGAGGACCGCUGGGUCGGCUGCUACGCAGAGGAUGAGCCAGGUCGUGGAGUCCCCGCAGGUGCAGGAGACUCGGGAGGUUCAUACGGACGGGAACAGGCUCGUGAGCCAGGUCAUGAUGUCACCACAGGGGCAGGAGACUCGGGAGGUUCGUGCGGACAGGGACAGGCCUGUGAGCUAUAUGAGCCAUGAUCCAGUUUGGGAAGAGGUAUUAGAUGCGGACAGGGCGAGGCGCCUGGAGGACGUCCUCCAACAGAUAGAGGAGGGCGAUGUGACCGAUGCAGCACGUCCGUAG